AUGUCCACAAAUCACGAUGUUUACAAACUAUCACCAAUAUUAUUAUCAUCAUCUAAUGAGUCACGAAAUUUGAAAAUACCAACUCAUACAUGGACAUCUAGUUGUAAUAAUCCGAUUGUGUCUGAUACAAGCAGUAAUUAUAUGACAGGAUAUUUCACAUCAAAUUCAUUGAAUACAAAUAAUCGGUGCUCUAUUCCAUUUCAACAACAGUCUAGUUCACCAACACGUGAUUACCUAUAUGAGCAUUCAAAUAUACUUCAAUCAUUGAGAAAAAUCAAUUCGCCUAAUAUGAAUGCACACAGUAACACGCAUGGGGAUCCACUUGAUUAUUCAAUGCACUCAUCGAUCGAUAAUCUCAAUGAUUCUGUCCUGAAAUUGAAUCAAUUACGGUCAGAUUAUAUUCAUUCUUCAGUUAUUCAAAACAAUCAAGGCAGCACCCCAUCAUCAUCAUUUAAAACAGCUUCCAAUUCUCCUACGAAUACAGAAGUUACUGGUGGACGUUUAUUAAAACGUAAAUAUUCUAAAACUAAUUCAAAUUUGUCUAAGAAAUGUACUGGAAAACAAUUCAAAACAGAAACUAAAAACAUGAAUAAUUUGAAUCAUUGUCAGAUUAUCGAAAGUAAUACUAGUUGUAAUCAUGAUCAACUCGAUGAUAAUCAGCUAAUCACAACGAAUGGAUCAAAAGAAAUAUGUUUACUCACUGACAAAAAGACAAAUUCACUAAUGAGGAGAAAAAACUCGAAAAUCAACAAAGAUCUUCCAGUGAACAGUAAUGAUGAAACAGUCAAUGCAUCAACAAUGAAUUAUGCAACGUCAACACAUGUCAACAAUACAAGUGAUAAUGAUUAUCAAGUUAAUACCAACAGCAUUGACAAUAAAAAUUUGACGAAAAAGACCAAUGAUUCACGUGCAGCUUAUAAAUAUUUGACAUGGCGUGAAAAAGAUCGUAGACGACGAUUUCGUGAAGAAUGGAAACAUUUAUGGCUUGUGAUACCAUACGGUCUCUAUGAGGUCAUGUGUCUUGUUUGUCAUAAAGUGAUGACACAAAGAAAAGUAGAUACUAUCAAACGUCAUACUGUCCGAAGACAUGUGGAAUUAUUAGGAAUGUCUGAUUCUGAAAAGGAAAAGUUAUUUAACCAAUUAAUCAAACGGUACAAUAUGCUCGAAGUGGCAAACUAUAAUUCUUCUACUGAUGUCCCAAAUAAAUUGCAUCAACAAUCAGAUUAUCAUCAUCAAACUAAUCCUACAAAAGACUGUAACGAACUUUUAAACAUGCAAGUAUCUAAUGAAGUUACCACUAGAAACUUUACUAAUACUAAUACCUACCCAUUUGAACAGCAUUCUGUGAUGAACUGUAUAAAAAAUAUCAAUAAAGACAAUAAUGGCAUAAUUAACGGAGCUUCAGAUUUUCAGAACCUAUCAACAAGAAAAGGUAAACCCUUAGGUUGUAGACCAUGUCAAACGACGAACAUAAAUUCACGAUAUUCGCGGAAAUUCUGUCCUGACAAAUACAUAAGCUCACAGGAAGUUAAACAAAGUCGGAGUUUUACUGAAAAUUUAAAAGGUUUGCCAGCAAAUAUAAGUACAAAUUGUGAUAACCCAUCAAGAUUUGAGGAAAGCUGGUUUCCUGUACAAAGAUCUUUAACAGAUACAUCAAAAAAUCAUUGUAAUACGUUAGAAUAUCCUCACAUUGCAACAUCAGAUUCAAAAGUAAUGCCGUCAAAGCUUGGUUCAGUGCCUCCAUCUUUGUCACAAUUUUCUACCACUAUUCCAAUAUCUAAAUGUUCCUCGUGUACUUAUCCUUCUGAUUUGAAGGAUUUUCAUAAUUUUUCAAAAUCUUAUACUUCAAUGAAUUUCCCCUUUUCACCAACAAACAUACCGACUUCGUCGAUAUCUUCAUUAUUCAUUCCAGAGGUAAUUUCCCCGUUUAAUAAUCCUGAAAGUUUAUCAACCAGUCUGAAAUCAACUUCACAUUUAUGCACAAACAGUAAUAGGAAUUGUCAUAUUGGAAGCAUUGGACACAACAAUAGAAAUAAUAAUUUUGAUAUUUCAACAAUUAAAUCAAAUCAAAAUUAUCAGUUGACUUCUAUAGAAAAACAGACAAUGAUAAAUGAGCACCGGAACAGAUCAAGUCAAAAAUUAGUCUCUGCUGUAAAUACAGAAAUAAAUCUUACAAAUGAUGUAGGAACUACUGGUUCUGAGAAUAGAAAUACUUCACAUGUCAAACACUCCUCAUCUGAAAAUGUAUAUGAGGAUUCUCCCCAUCGAUCAAUACAUUCACAAAGUAUACAAAGUUCUUCAAAUCAAAGUAUUCCAGGAUCUCUACCAUUUAUGAUGUCCACUUUUAUAACAGAUUUCUUAAAUCACGAAACUGACGGUGUGAUAUCUCCGAAAACGUCAGAAUCUAAAUUGUAUACUCCGGUAGCUAAGAGAAACUCUGUACAUAUUUCAAAUCCGGAAAUUUUUAACAACUCUCCUAACAAUCAGAAGACACCAGACGAGGAGACAAACUUUAUAUCAAGAAAGGACGAGAAAUUCACUAGUCCUUCAAGGUUCGACGAACAAACAACAUGUCCAUCAAGAAUAAAGUCAAACUCUAAGAGUAAAUCCAAUUCAAUUUCAAAACAGUUCACUAUUUCAUCUUUACUGAAUAUCGAAAACAUGUCCUCAGAAAAUGAGAGUUCAUCACCAACAUAUACCGACAGACUAAUCCCUGAUAUUCAAAGAAUGGACAGAAGAUCACUAAAGUAUGACCGCUGUAAUCGAUCAACUGAAAGUCCUCAAGAAAAAUGGAAACGUGAACAACCUCCUACCCCAUGUGUUCUUUGUAAUUUAGGAUAUGCAAAUACUUGCACUAAUGAAGUGAGCAAACAGUUUGUACCCAAGGCUAUAAAUAGGAUUAAAAAUGAUGCAUUAGACAUAUCACCAACGAAACAAAUAGAUCUAUUCAGACAUGGACAGUCUGCCAUUUCAAAUCCUACACUACUUCCUAAUGCUUCAGUUAAUUGUAAAUUAUUCGAUUAUAAUACCGGUAUCUCCGAAAUAUAUCAGCCUUACAGCGAUAUUUUUCAAACAGCAAAUAAUUUCUUGUCAAAUUCUUGUCAAAAUCUUUUCUACAAUCAAAAUUUGGAAGCACUUGGUAAUUAUAUGAAGUUAUAUUAUCUUCAAUUAUUACGACAUCAAUAUGAUAUACCAAAUGUAGAGCUUUACACUCAAAGAAUGCUAACAAAAUUGGGCUCAUUUGUACCUGGAGAAAAUGAAUUAGCUAGUUUUAAGAAAUAA